ACUCACCCAAUUAUAUACACCCUGCACAGGUGCAUCAACACAAUGUCCCCUCCCCCCUUUCUAUUACCCCUAUCGAUCCCGCCUGAGUGUAUGGGUCCAGCACAAUGUAGCUCCGCUCAUUUGCAAAACUUUGGAAAACUUUUAUCGCGCGCUCAGCUCAGUUGACUUCCGUCGGUGAAGCCUGACGGUUGUGCGUAAGCUUCAGCUUGCGAGCUCGGGCUUGUGCAAAGAGCCGCAUCUUGGAUUUUUCCUCUUAAAUUUCACCGAUAUUUUGUCUCCCUAUAGAGUUCUAGGAGCAGGAAUUCUUUCUCGGUUGUUCUACUGUAACUGCCACGAAAUCGGAUCAUCAUGGAAUUUAAGUAUCUACCCUCGUUUGUGCUUUUGGCUGUCGUGGCUGUUUUCUUACCCAUGCUAGUGUCGGCGACCUGCCCAAGCCGCUGCCUGUGUUUUCGGACCACUGUUCGGUGUAUGCAUCUGGAUAUGCGCCGAAUCCCGACAACCGUCCCGACCAACACUCAGAUCUUAGAUCUGAGGUUUAAUCAGAUUAGUGAAAUUCCAACGGGAUCGUUCCGAAAUCUACCAAACGUCAGUACCUUACUUCUUAAUAACAAUAACAUUAGGAGGAUACACAGAGGGGCAUUCUCAGGCCUAAGACACCUCAAAUAUUUAUAUCUUUAUAAAAACAGGAUUGCUGACAUUGAGGAUAGGGCAUUUGAGGGGCUGAAUAAUUUGGAGCAGCUUUAUCUUUACUCCAAUCAGCUCAAGAAAAUACCUCCAGGAACAUUUAGUAACCUUCCUUCACUAGAAAGGCUGUUUUUGAACAAUAACAAUAUAUCCAUACUUGAGCCUGGCACGUUCUACGGACUAGGGUCGUUAAAAAGAUUACGACUGGAUUCAAACCAGCUUAUAUGCAACUGUAAACUCCUGUCACUUAUUCAGAUGUUAUCUCUCGCAAGCCGGCGUAGAAACACACAGGCUGCUGCAACUUGCCACUUCCCUGAGACACUACGAGGGCGCAAUUUGGUCGACCUAACCCCAGAGGAGCUUAACUGCCAGAGGCCUCAUUUUGUUGUCGAACCUCACAAUGUCGACGCUACGGAAGGAAACAAUGUCUACUUCAGCUGCAGAGCAAUGGGUGAUCCAGAACCAGAAAUAGUCUGGUUACAUGAUAGUAAAGAAAUUCUACCGAACCGUGGAAUAGAUCACAAGUACAACAUUCUAGACGACGGGACGUUGAUGAUCCAGAAUGCUAGUGGUGAUGAUGAAGGGCAGUAUGAAUGUAUGGCCAGGAAUGCUCUAGGAGAGGUCAAGACUCAACCGGUCAGUCUAAGAUACUUUGGAGCACCUAGAGCCCCUGUAUAUACCUUUGUUCCCGAGGAUGUAGAGUUCCGUGAAGGUACUUCAGCGGUGAUCCACUGCGCCGCUAACGGCUACCCACUACCAAGGAUCUCAUGGACCAAAGAAGGUGCCAACGUGGUGGAGAAUCAACGAUUCCGGAUCCUCUCUACUGGCUCCCUCCAUAUCUCAAACACUCGCUUCUCCGAUGCGGGGGAUUACCGGUGUGAUGCAACCAAUAGUCUGGAUACUCUCUCAGCUACUGCUACACUUAGUGUUCUAGUGCCACCGACCUUUGAACUUGCGCCACAGCCUCAGUCCGCAAUAGAGGGCAGCACAGUAGAACUUCAUUGUCGUCCGCAGGGCUAUCCUCUCCCUGUCAUUCAAUGGAGGAAAGAUUCCAACGCUCUUCCAGACGACAGGAAGUUCCUCAUCCUGGCCUCGGGGACGCUGAGGAUUGUACGUGUGUCUCAAGAAGAUGCGGGUAACUAUGAAUGUAUCGCUGUCAACAAAGCUGGUCAGAGACAGAGUAUGGCUCAGGUUGAAAUCAGAGCUAGAGUGCCACCAGUCUUCACCCAAUCACCAAGUGACUUGACAGUGGUUGCUGGGGCAACAAUUCGCCUUCCAUGCUCCGCCUCCGGGGAUCCAGAACCCCUAAUCACAUGGACCAAGGAUGGGGUUCAGAUCACAGAGAGUGCUAAGUUCUCUAUCAGUGAGGCGGGUCAUCUGGCUAUCCAUGAUGUAGGUGUUGAUGAUGAGGGACGUUAUGAGUGUGCUGCUAGGAAUACCAUUGGCUAUGCAUCUACAGACAUGGAGCUUACUGUUAAUGUCACCAUUGGUACAUCACGCGAGGGCGACAGCUACGUCAACUCCGCCAUCGCUGAAGCAAUCCGUAACAUCGACGCGGCCAUCAAUGAGACCAAUCGCAACCUGCUGGACGGAAAGAAACCUCGUACGCCCCAUGACCUUUUGACCUUGUUCCGAUUUCCGUCCAUCGAGGCAAUGAGUAUAGCAAGAGCAGCUGAGGUGUUUGAGAGAACAUUGGAGUUAAUUCACAAUCAUAUCGAAGCUGGGAUGCAAGUCAAUCUUACUGGAAUAGAGUUCACCUACAAUGAUCUGGUAUCUCCACGAUUCCUCAAUCUCAUCUCUAACCUCUCACAGUGUACUGCCCACACAAAAAUUGUCAACUGUUCCGAUGUCUGUUUCCAUAAGAAAUACCGUACCUACGAUGGAACAUGUAACAAUCUCCAGCAUCCAGAAUGGGGUGCAUCGCUCACACCUUUCAAACGACUGCUAAAACCAAUUUAUGAAAAUGGGUUCAACACGCCCGUCGGUUGGAAUACAACCCAUCGGUAUAAUGGAUUUACGAAGCCAAGCGCAAGGAGGGUGUCAUCUCGGGUUGUCUCUGCUGCCGAAAUAACUUCACACAAGCAUUACACACAUAUGCUGAUGCAGUGGGGACAGUUCUUGGAUCAUGAUAUGGAUUUCACAGUGACGAGUUUGAGUCGAGCUCGGUUUAGUGAUGGUGUAGAAUGCAAGGAUACGUGUGAAAACCAGGUUCCUUGUUUCCCGAUUCAGGUUCCAGAGGGCGACAGACGUAUCCAUCGUACGCAGUGUAUAGAGUUCACCCGAUCCAGUGCUGUGUGUGGUAGUGGAAGUACUUCAGUGUUUUUCAAUAGGAUCAUGCCUCGAGAACAAAUCAAUCAAAUUACUUCAUAUAUUGAUGCUUCUAAUGUUUAUGGCAGUACUAAAGAAAUAACAGAUAAACUCAGAGAUUUGAAUAAUGAGUAUGGCAGGCUGAAAGUAGGACUUCAAGUUGGAUCUGGUCGUUUCCUGCUACCCUACAAUCGCGAUACCCCAAUCGAUUGUGAUCGCGAUGAAGACGAGAGUCCAAUUCCAUGCUUCCUGGCGGGUGAUUUCAGAGCAAACGAACAAUUAGGUUUGCUUUCGCUGCAUACGGUUUGGAUGAGGGAACAUAACCGUAUCGCUCAAAAGCUUCGUGAAGUCAACACCCACUGGAAUGGGGAAACUGUUUUUCAUGAAACACGAAAGAUCAUAGGAGCGGCCAUGCAGCAUAUAACAUACACAAGCUGGCUACCCAAAGUCCUUGGACCAAAAGGAAUGGAAAUGAUGGGGAAAUACGAGGGUUACAAUCCGAACACAGAUGCCUCUAUCGUCAAUGCCUUUGCAACUGCUGCCUUCCGCUUCGGUCACAGCCUCGUCCAGCCAAUCGUAAAGCGUCUCAAUUCCACUUUCCAGCCAAUCUCCCAUGGCAACCUCCCCCUACAUAGAGCCUUCUUCUCUCCAUACCGCAUCGUUGAUCAAGGCGGGAUCGAUCCAGUCUUGAGGGGCCUCUUCGGGUCGGCCAUGAAGGCACCGAGUCCAGACGAGAUGGUCAAUACAGAACUCACGGAACAUCUCUUUGAGAUGGUGCAUGAAAUUGCUUUGGACCUCGCCGCUAUAAACAUCCAGCGUGGUCGUGAUCACGCACUCCCUGGAUACAACGACUGGCGUGUGCUAUGCAACAUGUCUGCUGCUGCAACCUUUGAUGAUAUUAGCUCUGAGAUUAGAAACCCUGAUGUUAGGAGGAGAUUGGAAGAACUCUAUGGUCAUCCUGGAAACAUUGAUUUGUUUGUUGGAGGUCUUUCUGAGAAUGCGAUAGAGGGUGGUCUUCUGGGACCAACGUUUACUUGUUUGCUUGCUAGACAGUUUCAUCGGCUCAGGGAAGGAGAUAGGUUCUGGUACCAGAAUCCAGGUGUAUUCUCCCCGGAGCAGCUGACGCAGAUAAAACAGAUAUCACUAGCUAGAGUGAUUUGUGACAACGGAGAUUCCAUAGACCGAGUCAACCAAGAUGUCUUCCUUUUAGCAGACUACCCAACGGGAUAUAAGAAAUGUAGCAGUAUACCAUCAAUGGACCUUAGGCUAUGGGCUGAAUGCUCAGAAGGUGCUGCUCUUGCCGGUACCUUCAGCCGAUCUCGUCGAUCAGUUCCUACCUACAGUCAACCAGCAGUACCUCAGACCGUCAGAGCAGAGAAAGCUAUACCCAAGGAUCCUAGCAGACGACCAAAGUUUGUAGAAAUAGAGAUAGAUGCUGUGAGGACUAUAGAGGGCGCCACAUCGGAACGGACAGUGUCACUAGAGACGCAGGUUGCUGAGAUGCAAGCGCAAAUGAGAGAAAUGCAAGCUCAGAUUGAUAACUUACAAACACAGGUUCAGCAGCUAGAACGAGGGAGGAAAGGAAAACGCCACAGGAAUUGACCUUUGCAUAACCUGCCAUUUAAAACUAUGACCUUUGACCUAUGAAGCAGGGCGCCCCCUGUCACGGUCCAGUCGUAAAACCCAGCAGUGGUUUAGCGACAGAUUCUGUGUGUAGCCUUAUCUACCUGUACUCCAAGUGGUUUUUGUGAGUUUUGUGAUUAUGACUCAUGUAAUGAAUAGAUAGGGAUCCUCAAUGUGCCUUGUUUCUAGGUAUAUCAUGUUUUUAUUUUGCUGUGACGGUCAGGUGACAGUCCUGGUGCUGAUGAUUAAAAAAAAAACAAUUUUUUUCCUAAGAAACCUCUCUGAAGAAUUUUGUGUGUUCUAACUUUAAAUAAUUCACUUGUAUGGUGACUUUUCUCUGUUAUCAUUCUUACCAAUAUGUGUCACCAGGAUAUGAAUAAAUUUUAUCUAAUUGAAUAUUUUUUAAAAAUCCAAUUCUUGAAUAUUUCAUUUGAUAUUUUGAAUAUUCAUGACCAGGGUACUGUACUUUUAUCAUCUAUUUGACACAUUAACAUCAUCAUGUUUAAAAAUAUGCAUAUAAUAUAUAACUCCAAUAGUUGAUAUAAUUGUGGCAUUGAGGCAUUUUGCUUGUAAAGGAAUUCAGCAUAACAAUUUAUGUCCUUUAUUUAAGAAUUUGCAAAAUUAAUGAGACAUAUGUAUAUUUAUAGAAAUUGUUAUCUAUCCUUGUUUUGUGUAAUAUCUUUGAUGUGAUGUAUGUAAAAAAACAAACAAACAAACAAACAAAGAAAAAUUAUAAUUUUAAGCUCACAAUACUCAAUAUAAGUGAAAGCUUCGUAAAACUCUUAUUCUCUUUGCACAUGUAAACCAGACCAGUGCCUUGUCCAUUUUAAAAAUAGAAAACAUCUUUGCUAAGAGGAUGACAUGAUUCUAAACUUUUGUACUCUAUAAUAUAAUUUUUUGUUUUAUUUUUUCACAUGUACUUUCCUCAUGCAUACAAAUAUUUAUUUUUCAUCAUUUAGUUACGUAUCUUUUGACGUCAAAAUCUUUUUAGUUUUGAUAGUUCUUAACUUUUACAUGUAGAUAGUCCUUUCUGCUGUUAAGAACAAUUGUUAUCCCGUAUUGGAUACCUACCCUUGACCUAAACCACAUGUAGGCGAGGCUGAAAACUUGGCUCUGAAGGCGCUGGGCUUAUAUAUUUCUGUGUAUCUGUGAUUAAAAAUCAUUAGUAAAAGUCAUAAAGCAGGGUUAAAGACGGACAGAUAACUUGACAUUGAUAAACACACACACACACAACUUAUGAUAAGACUUGCACACAUGCACAGACAGACUGAAGAUAAAUGGAAAGAUAGAGACAGAGGGCAAUAACAAUGUAAAAGCUAGAUCCUUGCAAGUGAAUCAUAUAGCAUAGUACGAUAGCGAUAAAAUAACCUUUAAUAGAAUAAUCUUAGAAUUCAUUUAUCUGACUAAUAAUGUUGAUAUAUUUGUGUGAAAGCUGGUGCUACAUACUCUGUACAUUGCAAUUGUAUUAUAACUACUUAAAAAGAUCUGUGUUUCAUUGGGUAAAAUUCAGAUAUGAAAUAUGCAAUUCUAUAUAUGAAUACAUAAGUUCUCAUGCACAAUCUUUUGAUUAGCUCUUUGACUAUAUUUAUGCCUUGAAUAUUUCAAUAAAUUGCAGAUGGAUCUGACAUAGUUGAUUCUUCUAUGCCCAUGGAAAUCAGUUACUUAGCUGGAAUUCAGUCAUUAAAGGUGUUGAUAACAUGUUUUGCACAUUCUGGUCUGACUAAAUUUACUUAGGGAAAUAUUUGACUUAAAAAGAUGAUCAACUAGUGUGUAGACUACGGUAAUUCCUAAUCUAUCAUGACUCUGAUUUUAUAGCCUUUUGUUUUUUUAAUGAAUUUCAUAACAGUAUUUUAUACAUUUUUACCUUUUACAGAAAAAAUGAAACUCUUGACAGAUGUUCAUAACUGCAAUUGAUCUGUAUGUUUCUAUUAAUAGCAAUGAUGAUGAAUAUGUACUUAAAUCUUUUUAAUGUUGUCUUUUUAUCAUGACUAUAAAAAAGUCCAUGUACAUAUACCUAUAGAAAAUAGCUAAGAAGUAAACACUAUCUUUAUUUCACAAUAAUUUUAUGACCUAUUUUCUUAAAUCUGUAUCAAGCAUGGUGUAAAUCUGGGAAGCUACGAUAACUUUUUACAUUUACGUUUUUCUUUCACUGUGUUAAUUGCCCAUGUUUAAAUUUGAUUUUUUUUAAAUUGUAGCUGAUAUGCCCAGAGAGUCUAUUAAAUGGUUUGAGUGGCAAAUAUGCGGAUAAAUUGAACUUCUACAAUCAGAUUCUACUUUUUUUUAUGAUACCUUUGCCCAGGCUCGAUUCCAGCUGGAUUAGACAAUACCAUUUCAAGGGUCAUAUCAUGUUUGCAUAAUAGUCAGCUUCUCAAAACUACUGUAUUGUGUCUAAUCUGACUUAAUCCGCGCCUGCCUGUCCAUAAUUACAUCAUAACUUUAGACUAGAGUUUAAAUCAACCUGGGUACUGUAAUCCUACACUUGAUUUUUACGAUUGAUUUUACAAUGUAGUCAAUGCAAUCAAUCAUAUUUUUUUUCUAGGAUGAUUGUAAGCUAGGGUUCAGAAUAUGGGCCUACAUGUAUAUCUUUGCAUUUUUGUAGUGUUGUUUAUUCAAUUUUUUUGUUCACUCCAAGCUGCAAAGGGUGUAUGCUCAUUUCUUUCAAUCAAAGUCAUACUUACACUAUUCUUGUAUGUAAUAUCUAUACAUGUACUGCCAGACAGAAAAUUUUGUCAAUUUUUAAAAUUCAUAUUUUCAUUUGAGAAUGUACUACACCAUAAUGCCGAUACUAUUUAUAUGUAUUUAAUUGAUAAUUGUGUUUCAUUAUGUAUUAGUUAUGUAUUAGGGUGUAAUACUAAAUAGGUUCAUUAUUGCGGACUGAAAUAAUCGCUAGAGGGUAUUCAUUUGUCUCGCAAUCUACUAUGUUCAACAGGGAAAUUCGUGAUCACUCUCGCAAAAAGUGUUCACUAGCUUACAAGUUCGAGAGCUUUCGAGUGCCGCUGCAACUCUUUAUCAAGUGACGAAAAUUAUCUGAUAAUGAAUUCUAUUUAUACCAAUCCCCAGGACCAUACGCACGAACGCGGGAACAAUAGGUGGGCACUGAUCCGUUAUGUGAUUGGUCGGGCGUAUAUGCAAAUAAGCCGGAGGUAUAUGCAAAUACGCCGCGAGUCGUGAUCACGAAUUUCCCUGUUGACCAUAGUAGAUUGCGAGACAAAUGAAUACCCUCUAGCGAUUAUUAGGGUGUAUUUUACAUUUUAAUUAACACAACAAAUUACUUGGAACUGUUUUUUUUUCUUUAAUGUACCUUUCUUAGUCUGCUUCCCACAUGCUGAUUGGUGUUUAAAAACUUCAUAAAAAUGAUUAUGGAUGAUUUUGUAAUUAUCAUUGUUUUGUAUUAUGAGUAUGUAGAGAUCAUUAGAUCUUUUUGUUUUUAUCAUUAUUUUUCUAUAUACUUCAAUCUGCUGCAAACAAACUCAGGGAAGUUUCAAAUAAACUUCUAACUUUCAAUUCAUUUUGUUUGUUUACAAUCCUAUUAAUUUGAAAUAGUUUGAGACAUACAACACCUGUCAAUCAAUAGAAUACUGGUUUAUUCUACAAAGUUGCUUAUCAUUGAAGAUAGCUAAUCAUCAAUGAUAUUAAGAGCACAUCCCUUAAACUAUAAAGAUCAUUCUAAUUGAUGAGGGAGAGUUUCACUUGAUGAUUAGACUAGGAAUAUAAGUCAUAUCAUGUGGGACUUCUAAGAUAGAUUUAACUUUUAGCUUCAGAGAUAUUUGGUUUAUGUAAGGAAUAAAAUACUUCAAAUAACAAUGGACUUCUUGAUCUUAAGGCAAAUGACAUGUUUCACAUUUUUAGUGAGCAGUAUGUAACGUCAGCAUUUAUGAAACAUUUUCCUUAAUUUCUGUUAUCAUCAGCAGUUUAUAAGAACUUCUUUGUUUUAAUCAACAUUUUCAAGACAUUUUAAGAUUGAACAUCAGGUAGUAUAAAGCCAGUGUGUGUGUGAUGGUCUGUAAAGAUCUUAUUUUUCAAGUUUCCUUGAAAGGAAAAUUCAAUCUUUCCAAUGAAAGCAGAAGAAAACUCCCAGAGAUGGAAGGUCUUGGAAAUUCAACAAGCAAAUCACUAUUAUCGAUAAAAUUGUCAAAUUGGCAAUGAUUGUCAUGAGUUUCUGAUAAUAUUCUUUUAAUCAUUUUGUGAGUUUGGACAGGUUAGAAAUUAUAUCCUGAAUUGAGUUCUCACCAGGAUACUGUUGAUUUGCUUUAUAAUUUAUGUUUGUGUUUGUCUAGUUACUGCUGUAACAAAAACAAUUACUCUUUUACAAUUUUUUUUUGUUUCAUUGUCAAGAAUUUCAACUUCCUAAUAAUAAAGUCAAGUAUUUGGCAUUGAAGGUUGGGUCUGCCUUUUUUUAUAUACUUAAAUUAAUCUAUCUUGAUAAAAAAACGUUUUGUCGGUGUUUUGUUUUGUAAAUCUCUUUUUAUGCUCUGAAGUUGGUGCUAGACUUGAGUCAAGUUUGAUGAGAUUUUGAGUCAGUUUAUUGACAAUUUGAUAAUCAUUUGUGAAGAAGCAAUCAGAAUGUAUUACUCGCCGUCUUCCUCAUCUGUGUCUUGUGUGUAUUUGUUUUAUUUAAUUUCAUAUUAAGCUUUUGAUUAUCAUGUCAUGUAUUAACCCUUAACAAUAUGCAACUUGUAUAUUUAGGAUUUGAUAAUUAAAAAAAGGUGAACUAUUUAUAUACUAUGCACCUUAAGAAAUUAUUUGAUGUCAUGAAACCUCAUUUUCAUGACAUUAACAUUUUUAACAAAGAUAAUAUAACUUUUAGGACUCUGUUCUAUUGAGACAUAAUUUUGACUUAGUUUUGUCAUCUGAAAAUUAAAUUUCUUCCACUUUUUAACAGUUUGUAACUCUAUCUUGUGAUAAAGUGAUUAACAAAUUAGAGUAAUUUAUAUUUUUGAAACCUGUAAACAUCAAUUGAUAGAAUUUGUACAGUUGAUAAUAUUAUGCUGCCAUUUUCAUUGUGAGUUUGGAAUAUUUAACAUUCAUCAUUAACAAUAAUAAGAACUAUAUCAAUUUCUUUCUACCAAGGGUUUAUAGUUUGUUGAGGAGUCGUAACAUAACAGGAUUAAUUGGCUCUUCAUAUUAUUUCUUUUCCUUUUUUUAACAUAUCAGUGGAUGGGAAUAUCUGGAUGAUUCAAUAAUAUUUCACUAUAAUUGAAUGUUCCACACUCAUCAUUACUAACUCGAUCUUUGAGGUAUUUUUAUAUUUUUUGUUUCUUUGAUAAUUUUGACAUGAUCACAUUGUUAUCUUGUGAUAUUUUUGUAUUAUUUGUAGAAAGUCGUAAAAUAUUAAAAACACAAAGAACCAA